CAUACUGCUUGGCCCACUCAGUCUCUCUCUCACACACACAGUCACACACACAUACACGGGCGCGCAGUUGGGGCGGUUUCCACUGUGUGUGUACAGGGUUUUGAAAAUCUUUUAAAUCAAGGUGUAAAUGCAGCAUUUUAAAUAUAAUUAAGAUGUCGGCACAGUGGAGAACAACACUCUCCUCUGAACUGGAAUAAGUGCCUUUGAUACAGAUGCUGUAUUAGUGUUUAUAAUGAGAGAUUGCAUCCCAUCGCUAUGGUCCUAUUGUGCGCAAAGAAGGCUCACGGGCCGUAUGCCUAUGCCAAGAGAGCGGCUAUUAUGGUUGUCAUGGUUGUGACAAUGUGGUUCCAAAUUUCGACGAAAGUCACGAUCGAGAGACAUCGUGACUUCCCAGUUGCAAGCCUCAUAGACACACAACCCCCCUUCAGAGAGGCGAAUGGCACCAUGGCUUGCACCAUACCUCCGUCAGGCCUCGUUGCGUGGAUGGAUGUGAAAACCGGAAUAACCGAAGCCGAAGCCAUGGCCAAUUUGACCAACGUUCGGAAGGGUGGGAGUUGGUGGCCACAGGAGUGCUUGGCCCCAUGGAGAGUGGCCAUCGUGGUGCCAUACAGGGACAGAGAGGACAUGCUGGGUCCAUUUCUAAACCACAUGCACCCGUUUCUUCAGCGGCAAAAGCUCAACUAUACCAUCUAUAUCGUGGAACAGACAGCGGAAAAGAGCUUCAACAAGGCCAUGAUGCUGAACAUCGGCUACAAGCACGCCCAAGCACAGGGGCCGUGGGACUGCUACGUUUUCCACGACAUCGACUGCAUUCCCGAAGACGAUCGGAAUCUCUAUUACUGCAGCACCCAGCCGAGGCACCUGGCCGUCAGUCCGGACAAGUUUUAUUACAGCCUGCUCUACUCGUCCUGCUUCGGAGGGGCGUGCCUCAUGGACGAGCGGCAGAUGGAGCGGGUGAACGGCUGGAGCAACCGCUUCUACGGCUGGGGCGGAGAGGACGACGACAUGUGGGAACGCAUCCACGCCGAGGGCAUGGAGGUCAGGCGCUACCCGGGGUUCAUAGCCACGUACACUAUGCUGGACCACAAGAGGGCGCGGCUCAAUCCGAGGAGGUACGAGCUGUUGGCCCAAGCUAAAAGCUACUACAAGGAAGAUGGACUGAACACACUCAACACCCUAGUUCGACGACCCGGCGCCUUCUCUACACGAAUUCUUGUCGAAAAUCUGAACUGCGUGGAGUGA